AUCAUUCUUUACAACUUUCAAUAUGGAAAUUCAACUCUCUUCAUUCGCUUCUUCUUCCUUUCUUCUCAUAAUUCUCGGCUUGGUAGGCUGCCUUUUCGAACCAACUACUGGCCGCCAUGGCCGCGUUCAUGGAGGAAUCGCAACGUAUUGGGGCCAAAACAUAAGAGAAGGGCGGCUGACCACAGCCUGUGCCACCGGAAAGUUUCAAAUUGUCAACAUUGGGUUCCUCUCGACGUUCGGCGACGGUCAGCCACCGCAGGUGAACCUAACACGUCACUGCAAUCCUAUUUGCAACGGUUGUUGGAAUGUGAGUGCAGGUAUCGUCAACUGUCAAAAUGACGGCGUUAAAGUCAUGCUCUCCAUUGGUGGCCCUCAUGGAAACUACUCCCUCUCCUCCGCCGCUGAGGCGCUCGACCUUGCCGACUACAUAUGGAACAACUUCCUCUAUGGCCACUCCACUUCACCACGGCCGUUUGGUUAUGCACCAGUGGACGGCGUGGAUUUCAGGAUUGAACGAGGAGAAUUCUCCCCUUACUACACUCUACUUGCUCGGCGGCUACACGAUUACGGCCGGCAGUGGGGCCGGAAAGUGUACCUAACGGCGGCUCCACGGUGCCAUUUCCCCGACAAUUACUUAACCCAAUCGCUUCACACCGGACUUUUCGACUACGUUUGGGUUAGAUUUUUCGACGACCAGAAAUGCCAGUACAAUUCCGGUAACCCAUCUGGGUUCCAGUCGUCGUGGAUGCGGUGGAUACAUUCAAUUCCGGCGAGAAAAUUUUACUUGGGAAUUCCGGCAUCUGAAGAAGCCGGAGAGGGGUACGUGGCGCCGUCGGUGCUGAUGAGAAAAGUGUUACCGUUUGUUAAAAGAUCCGCCAGCUACGGUGGCGUUAUGCUUUUCGACUUGUCGAAUGAUGUUCAAACUAACUAUAGUUCUUUAAUCAGUGGUAGGGUUUGAAAUUAUGAAAUUAAAUCAUUAUUAAUCACCUAAUUAGGGUGGCUUUGAGGUUUGUAUUAAUAGAGAAACCAUUUUUCUUUUUUCUUUAA